AUGUCGACUACAGUACUCGCCCCAGCUCGAACGGCGACGGUCUACGAGUUGGAUGACUCAUACAACUCACUUACUCGACUACCAUCAAAGAAUUCCUUUCAAGACUCACAACCUAGAAGUUUGCUUUCACAAGGCCAGCCUCUUGCAGAGAACUCUGAUGAAAUUCAGAAUGCGAGCUUGCCGCGCGCGAGAGCGGCCGUUCUCAUCACCACUCUCACAGGUAUUACGUUCGUGGGAAGCAUGAGUGGUGGUCUGUUGACUAUUGGGCUACCUUGGAUAGCCACAGACUUGGAUCUCCCUGACAAUCUUUUACUCUGUAUUCUAACCGAUACUAUGCCUGCCGGAAGACGCCGGAACAUUGGGUUUGCCUGCUUGGGUCUUGGUCAGCCUUUUGGUUUCUCUGUGGGCUUAGUAUUCGGUGGGCUUUUCCAGGGCUCCUCACUUGGAUGGAGAUUUGGGUAUUAUCUCUGCGCUGGGGUAACUGCUAUUCUCUCCGUUGUCAAUUAUUUCAAAUUGCCCAAGGAUAAGCCGCGUGAGGCGUUCACAUGGCAAAGACUUCGAAUCGAGAUCGACUGGAUUGGCAUUUUACUCUCUAGUUCAUGCCUGGGACUUAUCUCUUAUGUCUUUGCUGUCAUUACGGAUAAUCCAUCCAGUAUUCACCGAGCUGAGAACAUUGCAUUGCUUUGCAUUGCCUCCGCCAUGAUUCCUGCCUUCCUGGGGUGGAUGAACUGGCGGGAGAGAACAGGAAAGCCUGCAUUGAUUCCUAAUUCAUUAUGGAAAAACACAGCCUUUGCUUCUAUUUGCUUGAUGGUUCUUCUCUCUUGGGCUGUUUUGAAUGGCACUGAGACAAUUUUGAGUCUUUUCUUUCAGGAAGUCCAAGAAUUGUCUGCAAUCCAAGCGGCAAUUCGUUUCCUUCCGAAUGUGCUGAUCGGAAUCGUUCUGAAUCUUGGAACUGGGCUCCUCGUGCACCGUCUACAUGCUAACUACCUUGUUAUCAUUACCACGGUACUGAGCGCUGGCUCACCAUUACUGCUGGCCGUGAUUGACCCUCAGUGGUCAUGGUGGUACUGUGCUUUCUGGGCAGUGCUAUUAGGCCCUCUAUCUGCCGAUGUCAUCUUUACUGUGGCAAAUCUGAUUAUUGCAGACUCUUUCACGCCAAAGACUCAAGGCCUAGCGGGCGCAGUAUUUAACACGAUCGCACAAUUUGGCACAUCCAUAGGAUUGACCAUAUUCGCUAUAAUCUCCGCUAGUGUGACACAGGAGUCCCCUUAUAGUGAUAAAGAUUCACCCGAAGCUCUCAUGGCUGGGUAUCGUGCUGUCUUCUGGACUUGCUUUGGGCUGAUGAUGGCUGCUUCUGCUAUCGGGGCUUGGGGUUUGCGCAAGGUCGGGAAGGUAGGAUUGAAGAGAGAGUAA